AAUGAGCGGGGAGGGGGGCGGGGCCGGGCGCGGCCGAGCUCGGGCGGGCGGAGGAAGCGGCGCGAGAAGGUCCCGGCCAUGCUCCUGUCCCUGUGCUCGCUGCUGCUGGCGCCCACCCGGCUCCUCUUGGCCGUGUCGAGCCUGGUGGCCCGGCUGGGGGUGGCGGUGGCCACGGGGGCCGCGGCGGUGGCCUACGGGCUCUGGGGCCUUUGGGUGCUGCUGCGCCGGGGACCCCGAGCCACCUUCGGGCGGCGGGCGCGGGACCGGCCCCCUCCCGGCCUGGCCGAUGGCACCUAUGGGGAGCACAAGUACCUGCGCCUUAAGGACUCGGGGCUGAUGCUCCACUACGUCACCCGGGGUCCAGCCACGGCCCCAUUGAUGCUGCUUCUCCACGGCUUCCCUCAGAACUGGUUCUGCUGGCGCCACCUCCUGCAGGAGUUUGGUUCCCGGUACCGGGUGGUGGCCUUGGACCUCCGCGGUUACGGCGCCUCCUCCAAGCCACCGGGCAGGGACAGCUACCGCCUGGAGGCGCUGCUGGACGACGUGCGCCAGGUCAUCGAGGCGCUGGGCACCCCCAAUGGGCCCAACGGAGCCCCCGGCGCCCCCCCCGCGCCCCCCAAGUGCAUCCUGGUGGGACACGACUGGGGGGGGGUCCUGGCCUGGGAAUUGGCCGCCGGCCACCCAGAGCUGGUGGAGAAGCUGGUGGUGAUGGACGCGCCGCACCGCGCCGUCAUGGCCGGCUUCACCCUAGGCCACCCCACGCAGCUCCUGCGCUCCAGCUACGUCUUCCUGUUCCAGUUGCCCUGGCUGCCGGAGCUGCUGCUCUCCCUGGCGGACUUCGAGUUGGUGAAGCUCAUCCUGACCGGAGCAUGGACCGGGAUCCAGAGCCCCGGUCGGAGCUUGACGGAGCAGGAGUUGGAUGCUUACAUCUACAGCCUGGCCCAGCCCGGGGCGCUCAGCCCCCCCCUGCACCACUACCGCAACCUCUUCAGGGGCACCCCGAUCCCUCGCGAGCCGCCCCCCAUCGCCACGCUGCUGCUGUGGGGCGGCCACGACGCGCUCCUGGACCCACGGCUGGUGCCGUCCCUGCGCCGGUGCCUGCGGCCCAGCGCCCGCCUCUGCCUCCUGCCCGACGCCAGCCAUUGGCUGCCUGAGGACCAGCCCCGUGCCCUCGCCCGCCUCAUCCAGGACUUCUUGGAUGGGGGCAGCCUGCACCCAUAGCAGCACCCAUGGGUGCUCCCCAUAUGGUACCCAUAG